CAAUCCAAAAUAUUUUUUUAUUAUCGAAAAAAAAGCUCUCUCCGUUUCCGCUUAGCUCUCAAUACCAUCAUGACGUUAGAUAGUUACGCCGGCGAUGUUCACACCGUACCACAAUCGGAGAACUCGAUGGAGGAGAGAGGCGGCGGUGAGCUUUUCGUGCCACCUCUUAACUUCGCUAUGGUCGAUAAUGGAAUUUUCCGUUCUGGUUUUCCUGAACCCGUCAGUUUCAGCUUCCUCCAGUCUCUGCGACUCCGAUCCAUCAUAUAUUUGUGUCCUGAGGCAUAUCCAGAGGUGAAUAGAGAAUUUGCAAAAUCAAAUGGGAUCCAAGUUUUUCAAUUUGGAAUUGAAAGAUGCAAGGAACCCUUUGUUAAUAUCCCUGACGAGGUAAUCCGAGAAGCAUUACAAGUACUUCUAGAUACAGAGAAUCAUCCUGUCUUGAUUCAUUGCAAAAGUGGCAAGCAUCGGACGGGAUGUCUUGUAGGUUGUGUGAGGAAGAUUCAGAGAUGGUGUUUGUCCUCUAUCUUCGAUGAGUACCAAAGAUUCGCAGCUUCGAAAGCUAGAAUCUCAGACCAAAGAUUCAUGGAGCUCUUUGACAUCUCCAAUCUAAAGCAUUCACCACUCCACUUCUCAUCUGAGUCGACAAUGAGUCAACUCGCUGUUGAAACUAGUCAAGCCCAGCCGGAGACGCCACAGUCAACGACAUUCCUCGAUUUGCUCCGACUUCAAAUGGACGGUGGUGUCGAUCGAACUAGGAGAAGGAAACGAACACUUAAAGAACGGUUAGGAUUCAAACGAAUCGGAUGCUGUGGUCCAACAUGGGGUCUCCGGUUAACCAGUAACACUCGCGAAGACGACGAAGAACCAUAUGAAACCCGAUUCGUUUCCGGUUCGGAUCAUGGACCGGGUCCGUUAAAUCAAGGUAUGAAUCUCGCAACGGCGUUAGCAGCGGAGAGAAAUUACCGAACAGAGGAAACGACGGCGUCUGGCAGUUUGACGCCGUUAAGAGUAUCGUUAAUGAGAUUGCUUGAAGAAACGGCGGAGAGAGUCGUCGUUGAAGGGAAGGAAACGGAGAGAUUAACGGCGUCGUCGUCGACGGUUAAAGGAGGAAAUGAUUCGGUGUGUUGCGUGUGCAUGGGAAGGAAGAAAGGAGCAGCGUUUAUCCCAUGUGGACAUACUUUUUGCAGAGUGUGUUCUCGAGAGGUGUGGCUUAAUCGAGGAUCGUGUCCCCUUUGUAACCGUCCGAUCAUCGAGAUCCUCGACAUUUAUUGAUACCUGAAUCAUACGGCUCAUAUUAGUCCGGUUGCACGUGACUUCAGUGAGGUGCUGGUGUGCCUAGAGAUUCACGAGAGUGUUACAAGUGAAAUUUAAUUACGGUGUCUAUGUUUCUCUUAUUGGAAAUUGGAGUAUUAUUCAUUAUUAGAGAUUAAAAGUAAUUCUAGAUU